AUGGCUGACGAGUCUCCCGAGCUUACCCCCGAGGUCUUUGAGGCCCGAGCAGACUUGUGUGUUCAGUUGACCCACCGGUUUAUAGAGCUCAGCCGCGAGGUCUACAGACCGGAUAUCCGAGAUUCGCCGAUCACACACCGGUUGGGCCUAGUCGAUUUCGAUCUUCUCCGAUUCCUGGGGCUAUGUGUGUACGUUAUGAGGCAAUCUCGCAACAUGGGUCACCGGCCCAGCCACCUCUUCCUCGCCCAGAUCGAGGUGGUGUCAGUGAGCUGGGCUCGGUAUAGUCGGAUGUAUGAUGAGAUGUGUGCUGGGCGACUACGGGAUGUUGCAGACACCGACAGCUGGGUCGCCGAGUUCGGGUCCGAGAUCCUGCCUGCGCUGAUGAGAGAGCGGCUUCCGGGCUGUUUUUCCUCUCGACUGGUCACCCUGCAGGAUGCCACUGUCCAGCGCAUUGUCCGCGGAAUUGUGCAGCAGUACCUCGGCGCGGAGGCAGCAGACCGGAUGGGGAUUGAUAAUCUCCCCACGGGGCCUCGCUCGAGCCAAGGAAGUGAAACGUGCCUGAUCUGCCAGCAGCCGCUCGAGGAGACCCAAGGAGUGCCUCUCGAGUGGUGCAGGAUCCAGUGUGGCUACGCCUUCCACUCCCAAUGCGUGAUAGAAUGGUUCACAACCCCGCAUUCAGCGCACUCUGCGCCCAGAUGUCCACACUGUCGCCAGCUGUGGCUGGCUCCCAUGAUUGGUCUCCUUGGAAGUGUCUGGCGAGAAGAUCUGGCGCUGGCAUUAUUUAUUCUUUCUCUAUCAAGUAUAGAAUAG